CAGUCGCUGUCUGAAAGUCGCCUCAGUCUCGCGUCGCAAUUCGAGCGAUUCGGAAGCGUUUUGUCCACGUCCGAGCUGAGAUACUCGUAUAUAUUCUUGGCCAGAGAUAUACAUGGUAUAUGGUCGGUUCUUCUGCGCGCGUGUUACAAAUCGAGAGUUUGCAUAUUUCCCGCAAUUAUAAAUAAAAUCAUCAGUUCUUUCGCCGGUCAACAACUGUGGUGUGUUUUUUGCACAGCACAGCCACUUUGAGAACGAUUUAAAGUGCUGUUCGCCGAAUUUGAUACGUGUAAAUAAUGUGCAAGGCGAGCGAGCAGAUCGAAUAAAUAUUCCGAUAAGCUUCCGAAAUAAAUCAGCGUUCAAACGUUUCGUAAACAGCACGGGAACAAUAAGAGUACACACAAAACACACAAAAUGGAUAGCAGCAAGUUGUUGAAGAAUGUCUACGGCAUCGACAUUCACUUCGAAGAUCUCGUCUACCAGGUCAACGUACCCAAGCAGCAAGAGAAGAAGUCGGUGCUGAAAGGCAUAAAGGGCACCUUCAAGUCGGGCGAACUGACCGCCAUAAUGGGCCCCUCGGGCGCGGGCAAAUCUAGUCUUAUGAACAUCCUCACGGGUCUGACCAAAUCCGGGGUCAGUGGGAAGAUCGAGAUCGGGAAGGCGCGCAAGCUGUGCGGCUACAUCAUGCAGGAUGAUCACUUCUUUCCCUACUUCACCGUGGAGGAGACCAUGCUGAUGUCGGCCACACUUAAAAUCUCCAACAAAUGCGUCAGUCUGAAGGAAAAGCGAACGCUGAUCGACUACUUGCUGAACUCACUGAAGCUGUCGAAGACGCGGCAGACGAAGUGCUCCAACCUGAGUGGCGGCCAGAAGAAGCGUCUGUCCAUCGCCCUGGAGCUGAUAGACAAUCCAGCGGUUCUAUUUUUAGACGAGCCCACAACCGGAUUGGACAGCUCCUCCUCCUUCGACACCAUCCAGCUGCUGCGCGGCCUGGCCAACGAGGGACGCACCAUCGUGUGCACGAUCCACCAGCCGUCGACCAACAUCUACAAUCUCUUCAACCUGGUCUACGUGCUCAGCGCGGGUCGAUGCACCUACCAGGGCACGCCCCAGAACACGGUCAUGUUUCUCAGCAGCGUGGGCUUGGAGUGCCCGCCCUACCACAAUCCCGCCGACUUCCUGCUGGAGUGCGCGAAUGGGGACUACGGCGACCAGACGGAGGCACUGGCGGAAGCGGCCAAGGACAUCCGCUGGAGAUACGAUCAGCAGCUGAUGCAGGGCGAGACUGCCGAUGAGCCCAGCGAGACGCAGGUGGCCAAGUUCAACGAAUCGCAGUCACCCGGGCAGGUGCAGGUGCAGGUGCAGAAGAUCGAGAUCCAGAACAUGGAGUCGUCCAAGGAUCUCACCAAGCACAUCUAUCCGCCCACGGAAUACAUGCGCCUGUGGCUGCUCAUCGGCCGCUGUCACCUGCAGUUCUUCAGGGAUUGGACGCUCACCUACCUGAAGCUGGGCAUCCAUGUGCUCUGUUCCAUUUUGAUCGGUUUGUUCUUCGGCGAUUCGGGCAGCAAUGCCACCAAGCAGAUUUCCAACGUUGGCAUGAUCAUGAUCCACUGCGUAUACCUCUGGUACACCACCAUUAUGCCGGGCAUUUUGAGAUAUCCCGCCGAAAUAGAGAUCAUCCGGAAGGAGACCUUCAACAACUGGUACAAACUGCGAACCUACUACCUUGCCACCAUCAUCACGUCCACUCCAGUCCAUAUUAUCUUCUCGACGGUGUACAUAACGAUAGGCUAUCUGAUGACGGACCAGCCCGUGGAGAUGGAACGAUUUGUGAAGUAUCUACUAAGUGCGGUGGUGAUCACGAUUUGUGCGGAUGGUCUGGGCGUCUUCCUGGGCACAGUGCUGAAUCCAGUGAAUGGAACCUUCGUUGGCGCCGUUUCGACGUCGUGUAUGCUGAUGUUCUCCGGCUUCCUCAUCCUGCUGAAUCACAUUCCGUCUGCCAUGCGGUUCAUGGCCUACAUAUCGCCACUGCGCUACGCCCUGGAGAACAUGGUCAUCUCGCUGUACGGCAACCAGCGUGGCCAGUUGAUCUGCCCACCCACGGAGUUCUAUUGCCACUUCAAGAACGCUGUGACUGUCCUGCGACAAUUUGGAAUGGAGGGCGGCGACUUCGGACACAACAUCAUCAUGAUCCUCAUCCAAAUAGCGAUAUUCAAGGUUCUGGCCUACUUUACGCUGAAGCACAAGAUCAAAACGAACUGAAGGGGGCUAUACGCGUGUUCGCUUUAGUAUUCGGCUUAAUUUGAAUCGAAUGUGAUUUUAUGUUACUUAUAUACGAUACGUAUAUCGCUUAGUUGCAAGUAAACCAACCUUUUAUAUACCGGCGUGUGAUACUUUAACAAAUGCAACGGACCAUUGCAAUAUGCGUGUGCCAACUGUUGCGGCAACCUCUAAGCAUAGCGAAUCAUAGUUUUUAUACUGUUUAUGUAUGGAUAAUUAACCUUUAUAUACGUGUAAUUAUUUGUCUAGUUAACAUAAUUGUAAGAGAGACCUUUAUGAACAAACGAAAUAAACAAGAAGCUUAAGUAAAUGA